AUCAGACUACAGCACGGUGAAAGUAAAACAAUUAUCAGGGCAGAAAUCGCUAACAAAAAGCCUAGAGAUGGGUCGAUCAGCAAGCGGCUAGAUUCAGAAGAGCUUCCCAGCAUAGUUAGCAGCUAAGAAGGUAAAUCGGUAGCUGAAAAUAGGUGUGCGAGAACAGAAAAAAACUUUCCAGUACUUAUUAAGAAGAGGAAAAAGUCAUCAACGACUUUACAAAAAAAAAAAAAGAGAGAGUUAAGCUAACUAAAAUCUUUCAAAGGUAAGAACAACAGCAAAGAUGUCUGAAGAAUUGACUAAACAAACUGAAGAUUUAACUUUAGAUAAACAAGAAACUGUUUUAUCAAGUAAAGAAGAAUUUACUGCUAAGCAUCCUUUGAAUAGUAAAUGGACUUUAUGGUAUACAAAACCACAAACUAAUUCUCGUGAACAAUGGCAUGAUUUAUUAAAACCAGUUAUUACUUUCUCAUCAGUUGAAGAAUUCUGGGGGAUUUAUAACUCAAUUCCAGCUGCUAAUCAAUUACCAUUGAAAUCAGAUUAUCAUUUAUUUAAAGAAGGUAUUAAACCAGAAUGGGAAGAUGAACAAAAUUCAAAAGGUGGUAGAUGGCAAUAUGCUUUUUCAAAUAAACGUGAAAUUUAUAGUACUAUUAAUGAUUUAUGGUUAAGAGGUUUAUUAUCUGUUAUUGGUGAAACUAUUGAAGAUGAUGAAGAUGAAGUUAAUGGUAUUGUUUUAAAUAUUAGAAAAUCCGCCAUUAGAAUUGGUGUUUGGACUAGAGAUUGUGAUGAAAGUAAAUUGAAAACCGUUGGUGAAAGAUUGAAAAAAGUUUUAAAAUUAGCUGAUGAACAAAAAGUUGAUUUUAUGUCUCAUGAUGAAUCAAAUAAAAAGGGUAGUGAACCUCAAAUUUUGAUUUAG